AUGUUAGCUCUUGUUGAUGCACAUUAUAAAUUCAUGUAUGUUGAUGUAGGAGCUCAGGGACGCUCAAGUGAUGCAGGUGUUUGGGACCGAUGUAAAUUAAGAGAAUACCUAGAAAAAGAAAAGCUACAAGUUCCACCACCUGAUACUUUGCCAUUUUCAGAUCAGAAAGUUCCAUACGUAAUUGUUGGAGAUGAUGCAUUCCCCCUCAAAAAUUAUCUGAUGAAACCUUAUCCUGGCCAGAACUUAAGUGUCGAACAAAGGAUAUACAAUUACAGACUAUCAAGAGCUCGUCGUAUUUCUGAAAAUGCCUUUGGUAUCCUUGUUGCCAAAUUUAGAGUGUUUGAAAAACCUAUUCACUCAAGUCCGGCAAACACUAGGAAAAUCAUAUUUGCAACAGUUGUUCUCCAUAAUUUCUUGAGAAAUAAUUCAAGGCAGCUGGAAAAUGAAAAUAUUGGUAAUGGUUUAGAAAACCAUGGACUUCAAAGCCUGGAUAAUGUUGGAAGAAGACCUGCUAAGAAUGCCUUGGCAACAAGAGAUAUUUUUAAGGACUACUUCAAUGGUAGAGGUCGUGUGAGAUGGCAAGAAGAUGCAGCACUCUUGAAUUAA